CCGCGGGAUGAGUCACGGUGCCGUGAUGCGGCUCCCGGGCACGCAGGGCCCCCCCGCGCCCGCCCCGGGGACAGCGGCGACAUCAGCGGCAGCGGCGGGGACAGCGGCGGGCGGCCGCCCCCCUUUUCCGCCUCCUUCUGCCGGGGGGCCCCGGCGGAGCCCCCCGAGCGCGGCCGGGCGGGACGGCGACUCUGGGCGCGCUGCUGCGCUGCUUCCCGUGCGAGCGGCUGUGCGGGGGCUGCGCGGUGCCCCCCGGGGCGCUGCCCGCCGCCGCCAUGCCGCCCCCGGGCCCGGCCCGCCGCCGCCUGCCGCCCGCCGCCCGCCUGCCGCCGCGCACCUUCCGCAGCUACCUGCCGCGCUCGCACCGCACCUACAGCUGCGUGCACUGCCGGGCGCACCUGGCCCGCCACGAGGAGCUCAUCUCCAAGUCCUUCCAGGGCAGCCACGGCCGUGCCUACCUGUUCAACUCCGUGGUGAACGUGGGCUGCGGGCCGGCCGAGCAGCGCCUGCUGCUCACGGGGCUGCACUCGGUGGCCGACAUCUUCUGCCAGAGCUGCAAGACCACCCUGGGCUGGAAAUACGAGCAGGCGUUCGAGAGCAGCCAGAAGUACAAGGAGGGGAAGUUCAUCAUCGAGAUGUCGCACAUGGUGAAGGAGAACGGCUGGGACUGAGGCGGGGCUGGCACUGGGGGGCACCUGGGGGGGCGCUGGGUCACCCCCUCCUUGGCACCUUCGCUGUGCCCCCCGGCGCCCCCCGGGUGGCAGCGGCCGCGGGGGUCGCGGGGCUUUUCUAGGGCAAUAAAAGCGCUUUUUUUUUAA